AUGGCUGAGAGUGCUGCUUUCCUUGUACUAGACAAGCUUGCACCCAUUCUGCUAGAAGAGGUGAAACUGCAGGUGAAACUGUUUAGCGGAGUUCGUGAAGAAGUUGAAUACAUUAGAGCUGAAUUCGAGCGCAUGACUGCAUUCCUUAGAGUUGCGGAUUCAAUGGAAGAUAGUGACAAAGAAAUCAAAGUUUGGGUUAAGCAAGUGCGAGACGUUGCUCACCACACCGAAGACGUUCUUGAUGUUUUCAUGCUCCGAGGGAUCAAGCAGCUCCACCACCACCAACACCCAUUACGGUAUGAUUCGCGAGGUGAUGCACUCCUAGUAAAAGAAGCUGAGCUUGUAGGCAUCGACAAGCGCAAGAAGGAGCUGAUUGGUUUGCUGGUCAAUCAGACGGAGGAUCGACUAAAAGUGGUUUCUGUGGUGGGAAUGGGAGGAUUGGGUAAAACCACCCUUGUUAAGAAAGUGUAUGACGAUGCAGCACUAAAGAAACAAUUCGAGAGCCAUGCUUGGCUCACUGUUUCUGAAUCACCCAAGAUGGGAGAGCUCCUAAAAGACAUGAUUCAACAGCUCUACAGGGAAAUAAAUCAACCAGUCCCCCAAGAAUUGGAAAGGAUGGACAGGCUGAAACAGGCGAUUAAUGAAUUUUUGCAGCAGAGGAGCUACUUGGUUGUGUUGGAUGACAUUUGGAAUAUUGAUGCAUGGGAAGCUGUCAAAUAUGCUUUCCUAGACAACAAUUCCAAGAGUCAAAUCAUGCUUACUACACGUUUUGGAGAUAUAGCUUCCACCUCUUGCACAGAAACCGGUGGUAAUGUUUAUUCUUUGAAUCCAUUGUCUUUGGAAGACGCUUGGACUCUGUUUUGUAGAAAGGCAUUUCCGGGCAAGGCCUCCUGCCCUCGGCAUUUGGAGGAUAUUUCUCGAAGUAUCUUAAAAAGAUGCGAGGGGCUGCCCCUUGCAAUCGUGACGAUUGGUGGUGUUUUGGCAACGAAGAACCAGAGUAGGAUUGAUGAAUGGCAUAUGCUUCAUCGCAGCCUUGAAGUUAACAAUAAGCUUCAGAACAUGAAAAAUAUACUCUCUUUGAGUUACAAUGAUUUGCCUUGGCAUCUCAAAAUCUGUUUCUUGUAUUUGAGCAUUUUCCCUGAGGAUCAUGAGAUCGAAUGUAUGAGAUUGAUUCGACUGUGGACGGCGGAAGGAUUUGUGCAAGUUGGUGAAGAUGGAUUAUUGACAAUUGAAGAAGUUGCUGAGGGAUAUGUCUAUGAUCUUCUCAAUAGAAGUCUGAUCCAAGUGACAGAGAAAACUAUUGAUGGAAGGGCGAGAACGUGUCGUAUUCAUGACCUUUUGCGUGAAAUUAUUAGUAUUCCGAAGUCGAGAGAACAGAAUGUUGUAACUAUAGCCGGUGAACAAAACACGCGUGGAAAAGUUCAACGCUUAUCAAUCCAUAAUGAGACCUUUGGAAUUGUACAACAAAGCAAGCGACUCUCCCAACUUCGUUCGCUAUUCAUGUUUGGUGUACGUGAGUGA